UAGAGACUGCUGAGAUGAUCAUUAAGGGAGACUUAGAUCGGAUGGCAGAAGACAUCGGGCAUGCAGGUGGCGGACUGAAGACGAUGCUGGGUGCCAUGGAAGUUCCAAGUCAUGCUAGGGAUCUCCUCCUGCAGCUCAACAGCCAGCGAACCAAGGGCUUCCUGUGUGAUGUUAUCAUUGUGGUGCAGAACGCCCUCUUCAGAGCUCACAAGAACAUUCUGGCUGCCAGCAGCCUCUACUUGAAAUCUUUGGUGGUCCAUGACAAUCUCAUCAACCUCGACCACGAGAUGGUGAGUCCAGGGGUCUUCAGGGUCAUUCUGGACUACAUCUACACAGGCCGCCUUAGUGAGGGGGACCCCACUUCUCCCACUGAACCCAAUCUAGGGGCCGUCUUGGCAGCAGCGAGCUACCUUCAGCUGCUUGACUUAGUGGCUUUGUGCAAAAAGAAGCUGAAAAGAAAUGGCAAAUACCCUCCCCGUCCAGGUCCUGCAUUUCUGCCCUACCCAAAGAUGGGGCCCAACAGUAUGGGUUUAGGGAGUGGUGGCAGGUAUAGGGUUUCUACUCCUGUCAUUCAGUCCUGCCCUCUUGGAGGAAUUUUGAACAGCCACGCAACCCAGGCAUCACCACGAGAUGAGCUAGUUCCCCAUCGGCUAGCCCUUCACCCUGGGGAGCUGUAUGCCCCCACCUCCACCCAGGGCUCUCAGGUGUUCCCACCCCUUCAGCCAGCUCUGCCUGCCCAGCUUGGCCGCUCAGCUCACGCUGAGAGGAACUGCUCCCCCAACUAUGGCCUUGAUCUCUCCAAGAAAAGCCCCAACUCCCAAUCUCAGCACACACCCUCCCACUCCCAUCUGGCAAACACUCACAAUGAUGAGGAGCGAGACGGGACCCUGAGUGGUCGCACCAGUCCCAUGCAGGGGACGAAUGGAAGGGCCUUCCCCUCCGAAAAAAUGGAGUCGACCGACCAGACAAGCUCCCUCACUCCUCCUCCUUUCCCCCAUCUCAACCAGCCUCUUGGCCCGCACCUCCCCCACCUGCAUCGCUCAGGCUCCCAGGGCACAGACCGCUACCCGUGCCCCCCGAGCCCUGACACCCCCACGGAAGGUGGAGAGGCAGGCAGAGAAAUGGGCAACAUCUACCGCUGGGUCAAACAUGAGCCACUGUCCUACACAGCUGAAGAUGAGGAUGAAGAUGAGGACGAGGAGGAAGGCGGGGAAAAUGGCGACCAGCAUCAUAACCACCACAAGGCCGGGGAGGAGAGCGAAGGAGCAGAUGACAAGAGCGGGUCAGGCACGGAGGAGACAGGCAGUAGCGAAGGCCGCCCAUCCCCUCCUGGAUCGAUGGGGAGAUUCCACAUGCCUUAUGAGCCAGAGAGCUUCGGGGACAAUCUGUAUGUCUGCAUCCCCUGUGACAAAGGCUUCCCGAGCUCAGAGCAGCUCAACGCACAUGUGGAGACACACACAGAAGAGGAGCUGUACGGAAACUCUGGCGGGGAGAUGGGAAACAGCAAUAACAGCAGCACCAAAAACAUGAGCAGUAAUACAAACGGUUAUGGGAGCCUGAACAGCAGCAACAGUUUGAACAGUCUGUCGCACCUGGAGACCAAGUCCAGCCAGGGGCUGAGUUCAGGGGGCAUCGGGGAGAUGAUCCGACCCUACCGCUGUUCCAGCUGCGACAAGUCCUACAAGGAUCCAGCCACUUUGCGCCAGCAUGAGAAGACCCACUGGCUGACCCGGCCUUACCCCUGCAGCAUCUGUGGCAAGAAGUUCACGCAGCGCGGCACCAUGACGCGCCACAUGCGCAGCCACCUGGGCCUUAAACCUUUUGCCUGCGAUUCCUGUGGCAUGCGCUUCACCCGGCAGUACCGCCUCACCGAGCACAUGCGCAUCCACUCAGGGGAGAAGCCCUACGAAUGUCAGGUGUGCGGAGGAAAGUUCGCCCAGCAGCGCAACCUCAUCAGCCACAUGAAGAUGCACAGCAGUGGAGGGACCGCAGGGGGGCUGACCACAGACGGGAAGCUGAAGCUGGACUUUGCUGAGGGCAUCUAUCCUCUGAGUAAAUAUGCAGCAGAGCAUCUGGGGCUAAAGCAGGAGAAGGCCAAUGAGCUUCUCAUCCAAGCCCAGCAGCAAAUGGUAGCUGAUGCAAAGGCGAUGGAAAGCCUCUACCCGCUGUCCAAACUGGCCUCCGAGCACCUGGGCCUCUCCCACGACAAGAUGGAUGUCCUGGGCCAAACUCUCCCCCCUCCCCCACAGGUCCUCUCUGACGCCCGCACCAUUGACCGCUACUCACCCAGCUAAGACCACAUGACCUGUGCAAAUGGCAAUCACCAAAAGGUCUGUGUGCACACACAACUUGCAGUAUUCAAAAGCCAUUCACCUCAACUCAAUAUUUCCUCUGCACCUCAGACUCAGACCAAAAGGAAUUGGUCUGUUGAUGCACACCAAAAUGUGUAGACUGUAAGUGCCUUUCUAUGCAUCUAAUGUAUCUGAAAAGUCCUCCUUCAUAGAGGAGCUCUGUGCUAUUCCGUGACCAAGGGACACUCACUCAAAGAAGUACAGUAUUUAUGUACAGUGUAUGCAAACAAACAUUGAAAAAAAUUACAGCCAUUGAGCCAAAGUGACAAAUUGAAAACCAAAAUGAAAUUGUCUUAUUUAUUUUUGUAUUAUGAUGAAAUCCAAAGAGAAACUGUUGCAAGGAAACGUUGCAAUCUGACCCUAAACCUGUGUACAAAAGGUUGUGUACAAAAAAAUGAAAAAGCACAUAAGGACAAGUUUCAGGGUUUCGGUCCAGACCUGAGCGGAACUUUUACCAAAUGAAUAAGCCAACUCUUCUGGACUUUAAAGUAAUGGGAGGAUAUUUUUUUUUCUUUUUUCUUUUUUUGUUUUUGGGGUACUGGACAAUUUAUGUAUCUCACUCUCCAGCGUCUCCAAAUCAUCUUCGUGCUUCCCAAGUCGCAAGGAAAUGACUGAACUAUAAGCAAGCAGCGUUUGGUAAAGUCUCCUCUGCUUUAUUUUCUCCACAUUUUUUUUGAAGUACUCCACUCCCCCGCAUAUUUGUGCGGAUAAAGGCUCAUACUAUGUGACAGUAAUGGUAGCUUAAUCAGCCUUACACUCAGCGUGUAACCCUUCUUGAGCUAAAGCUUCCUUUGCAUUUUGACUAACAUCCCUUAGCUUUCAGUUGUUAUUGAGAUGCAGCAAGCACAGCCCUGUGAUCUCAUAACCGGGACAUGAUUGCACAUACCCAACUGAUGACACACUAAUCCCUGCUCAUGGUGAGUGCAGCUUCAUCUCACGGCGUAGACGAAGCAUGGGUGUUGCCUCUGACAUUGUGUAAUAUUUACAAUUGUGGAUGCGGCCGAGCAGAGAGGCACGGACCAGGUCAGACACAGAAAUCUGUCAUUUACUGUCAGGAGUUAUUACUCCGUUCACAGCAGCCUGAUGAUUAAUUUCCUUGCGGCGGUAGUCAGAUGCCGAGUUGCCGCUCCACUGUCCGACCUCUCAUUUGACCUCCCUCCCCUGUAGUCAGUUGUCUGGGAGCCCUGCUACUGUUGACAGGCCAAAGUGAGUGCUGCACUCAGCCCUUUGCCUUAAACACACACCACAUGCAUAUACAUCCCCUCUCCACACACACACACACACACACACACAAAUAGCGAGUUGCUAAUCUGUCCGCAAUAUGAACAUAAGAAGGGGUUUGUGGGUCUUCCCUGGAAGCCAGCGGGUGAACAGCACACCCCAGCUGCUGUGCCUCAGUAAUCCCUGUGAAAUCUCACUUUCUCCUGGACAAUUCGCACUGCUCGCCGGCAUGAUGUCCCAUUUCAUGCCUGCCAUCUUACCCCUGUGAUCCACUUAUUAACAUCAUAUCCGAGCCCAGCAAAUGUCUCCCGGGCUUCGCCUCCCUUCCCCGCUGGUAUCAAAUGCGGAAACAAAGAAUGACAUAUUUCUGUGCUGGCUGACCAGCAGUUCCUCCAGCUUGAAAACA